AGAGGCUCGCUGAUUGGCGAGUUGACGAUCCAUGCGAUCUCUUGGAGAUGACAGCUGAUGGCUGUCAGAUUGAUGGGCAUGCGUCGCGGCGUGCGACUGACGUGAUCUGUCUGCCGGUCCAACAUGGAGCUCUUGACUCGCUAUCUCGAUAGGAGCAAUUCCGUAAGUUCUACCACAACUCAAGACUUAAUCAAGGAGGAGAACCUUAGGGAUGACCUGCGGUUCUACUUUAUGAGCCCAUGUGAGAAGUACCGGGCCCGAAGGCACGUCCCCUGGAAAUUGGGGGUGCAGAUCCUGAAGAUAAUCAUGAUUACCACACAACUGGUCUUGUUUGGCCUCAACAACCUGCUUGUGGUGUCCUACAAGGAGGAGAAUGCCAUGGCCCUGAAAAACCUGUUCCUGAAGGACUACAGUGGUGUGGAUGAGGAUGACUACUGCAUUGCGGUCUACUCACAACAAAGUGUCUACGACAGCUUGUUUCAUGUGAUGGAUCAGUACAGCCAGCUGGGCCGGCUCGCUGUGAGUCCCAUCAGUUAUGCUGAGAAUGAAGGUGGUGGCUUGUUGCCUCUGGUCGUCUGCAAGACCCUAUACAGGAGAGGCAGUGUCGAGCCUUCGGAGGAAACCUAUGACAUAGACGCCCAGUUGGAGACAGUUUGCUUAUCGCUUGAUCCAAAGACCGCAUACCAAUGGAAAACCAAUAAUGCGUCCUUUUUUGACCUGGACUUUUACAGGUUGGUGGAUGUGAAAGUAACGUUCACUUUAAAAGGGAUCAACUUGCAAACAGUGCGGUCGCGGGAGAUGCCUGACUGUUAUUCAUUUUCUAUCACGAUAACGUUUGAUAACCAACGUCACAGUGGAAAGGUUAAACUAUUCCUCGACAUCGAUGCACAGAGCAGUGCAUGCCGAGACUGGAAAAUAUCUGGAACAGCUCAGAAAAACACCCACUAUCUCCUGGUGUUCGACGGCUUUGUCAUUGUGGUUUGCCUCACGUCGGCCGUGCUGUGCACCCGCUCCAUAGUGCUGGCUGUCAGGUUACUUAUGAGAUUCUCCAGGUUCCUCCAUGAAAAUUACAACCGAAAAGUAUGUGAGGAUGACCAAGGGGAGUUCCUGAAUGGUUGGUACGUGCUGGUCAUUGUCAGCGACCUCUUGACCAUAGUUGGGUCAAUACUGAAGAUGGAAAUUCAAGCAAAGAGUUUAACCAGCUAUGAUGUGUGCAGUAUAUUUCUGGGAACGUCAACAUUAUUGGUGUGGGUCGGCGUGAUCCGCUAUCUGGGCUACUUCCAGAAAUACAAUGUGCUGAUUUUGACCAUGAAGGCAGCCUUCCCUAAGGUGUUGCGUUUUUGCUGCUGUGCUGGCAUGAUCUACCUUGGCUACACAUUCUGCGGGUGGAUUGUGUUGGGGCCUUACCACGAAAAGUUUGAAGGCCUGAGCCUGGUGGCAGAGUGUCUGUUUUCCUUGCUGAACGGUGACGACAUGUUCACCACCUUUGCCCAGUUGAAGGACAAGAACACGCUGGUUUGGCUCUUCAGUCGGGUUUAUCUCUACUCCUUCAUUUCACUCUUCAUCUACAUGGUGCUAUCGCUCUUCAUCGCCCUCAUCACAGACUCUUACGAGACCAUUAAGAAUUACCAGAAGGAUGGAUUCCCGCUGACAGACCUGCAAAAGUUCCUCAGAGAUCAGAAGGAUUUUAUAUCCUCAGAGGAGAACAGACCGCCAGGCCUCUACACCAGCUACUCGUUGUUCUGCUGCUGUGAAAGCAAUCUGGGAAGAGAGCAACGGGAAGAGGACUUCACACGUCUGACGCAAACUUGUGACAACUCCUCAUUCAGACUCCUUGAUCGUGUACUGCUGUCAUUCAGGAAGGAGCGCCAACCAGUUCAGGGUGUGUCCCCCGCCUACUGCCCGAUGACAGCUGGGAUAGGCUCCAGCAUGCCCGCAACCCCCAGUGGGGGCAAGCGAUCCAUCCAUCCAUCUUCUUCCGCUUAUCCGGGGUCGGGUCGCGGGGGCAGCAGAUGGUUCAAUUAUUUGGAUGGAAAUGCCACCUCAAUUACAUUGUCAUUAUUUAACAGUGUGGCCUAAUGCAAAAAAAAUGAAUGUCCAUCUCAUAGCCUAUUGGACUAAACUUCUUUGUCAUUGGCAUGGUCAAUUUUCUCACUAGGAAGUCAUUUUGAUGAUGAAAUGAAAUUAGCAUGUUUGUUAAAUGUCCUUUAGGGGGAAAAUACAAUUUUCUGCUGUUCCACGCUCACUUUCUUCAACUUUGCUAACACGAUAAGACAGAUGUCUAAUUGCCAUCCAAAAAAUAAUAGAAUUUAAAUGAAUCUGUUCCCAGGUCAACCUUUCGCCAUCAUAAAAUGUGUAUUCAAGACUGCUAAAUGGUGCAAAUUGGAUUGUCCCAAGCAUGAAUAUACCUUUAACUGUGGCACAUUGUCUAAAAAAAGGAGAUUACUGGUUGUACUUGGAAGGUGAGUCUCUUUACACAAAGACCAAACCGACAUCCUGGUGUACAUUCUGUUCAUUUUUUAUUGUUAGUCAACGUUUGUUUCACUUACAUAGCAGAGACGCACUUAUCACAAGUUCCCGUCAUCAAACGUUCAUUUUGAUCCUCACACCAUCCCACAUUACAUUUAUGUAGCUUUGAAGGUAAAUUUGUCCUGAUAAUUUGGGUCAAAUUCAGAGUUGUUAUUCACUUGUUCCCAAUCAGUUGUGGCUUGCUGUGAGUAUUUUAGGGUGGCGUUCAGCAAAACAAUCACAGAUCUUGUAAGUCAAAUUGAGAUUGUUUAUUCUUUUAAGUUCAUCAUGUCACUUGCUCCACAUAUUGUAAUGACACAUUGUCUAUGUAAUCCACUUUAAGUAAUUAAGUGUACUUAGCUAAACUUACCUGGGUGAAUCUAUCCUGUUUUUACCUAAUUCUGAGUAACUCAGUAAUCCACAUAUUACCUGAAGUUUAAUUUAUGCAGCUUUGUAUUAAAAAAAACUAUUUGGUCACUUA